GCAAAUUUCUUCACUGUAAUAAGACAAACUGUGUUCAAAGUAGAUGUAUGGAAACGGAAAUUAUUUAAGAAACAUGAUGCAGUUAGUAAGACAAAACCUUCUGCGCUCGCUGGAGUUUGUUUUGCUGGCAUUUCCUGUCGUCUCCUAUUCUUCAACAUAUCUGAGAGGACAAGAAGAAUUUAGUAGUGAAAAUGGACCAGUGAAGACCCUUGCGGUUUCUUCGAAUGGAAAUACCAUUGUUGCUACUGGUGACAGUAUUUUCCAGUUCCAAAAUAAUAGUAUUUCGUUAGACGAUUUAAAAUCUGAAAUUGACAUUACCGGAGAGAUUUCAAUUUUCAAACUUUUCAAAUACAUGAGCGAAGAAUACUUAUUGCAGUGCAAUUAUACGUCAUGUAUCACAUACAAUACCUCUAACAUUUCACAGUUUAGACCAGUUCAAACAUACGGUGAGAGUUUGGCGGGAUCUUCUUUAGGGGGAGAGCAUUCGGCGCAAGUUGUAUUUGUACCUUGCCCAGAGUCUGAAGAAUUCUGUCAUCUUUUCUCAGCUAUCAGUAGCAGCGGUGAUGUGGAAACAUUUUCGGAGCGUGUAUUGGAUAAGGACGGUGGUGAGUUAAAUAUAUACCAUAGAGAAUCGAACGUAGACCAUCAUUACAUAAAAUCCAAACCGGAUAAAAAAUUUGAAUUCAUAUAUUCAUUUUAUUCAAGAAACGGUUUCGUGUACUUUCUGAGGAACUCAUUGACUUCUGACGGAAGGAGUGUAGCAUACAUUAGUCAAAUGUGUUCAAAGAGGAGACAUACCGACUUCCGGUCAUAUAUGGAGAGCAAGCUAGAAUGCAAUGAUUACACAACCCUAAUAGCGGCAUUGCAUGUCCAGACGCAAACGGAAGAUUUUUUGUUAGCAUCUUUUAGCGGAUCGCAGACGAAAUAUCCUGGUUCUAUCUUGUGUAAGUUUUCAAUGAACGCCGUAGAGAAUUACUUUGCUCAUGAACAACGGGAGUGUUUUGACGGAAAGAAAGGCAGUUUCCCGAGUUGGAUACAGUCACCUGGAGAAUCAUGCGCCGAAAAAGUGGACUUAAUUAAUAUCGAGUGUGGUUUUACGGGCAAAAACACGCGCAUUGUUUUUGAUGGUUCGUUAAAAAACUCCGAUAAGACAGUCCUUUCUAAACCAUCAGAAAGGAUCACAUCAGUCGUAGUUACACCCUACGGAAACAUCUUCGUCGGAUAUCUCGGGACUGACUCAGGCUUUUUGGAAAAGAUUUUAUUCAACUCCUCUUUUGGAAAUUCGGUCACGGUUUUUCGAUCAUAUGUCUCCAAAAGUCAUGGACAAAUCAGAAGCUUGACUUUAAGCAGUGACGGAAGCAGUUUGUUUUACAUUGAAGACACAAAAGUGACGUCUCGACUGUAUAUGACAAGGACUUGGGAUUGUGAGGUACAUACUACUUGCUAUGGAUGUCUGAGCGACAUAGUCUCCUGCAUCUGGCAGCAAGAGCCGUAUGAUGGUGUACAACCUCCUAAUGGAAGGUGUAUUUCGAAUGAAACACGUGUAGAAAAAACAGCUGUUGUCUUCAAUUCAUCUUGUCCACCACUGGUUCAUGACGUUCACCCGAAUAAAGGACCAACUAGUGGUGGAACUGUGUUGACGUUGACUGGCUUGAUGGACAAUCCAACUCGAUAUGGAAAAAAUAGCCAGAAUAAACGGGUACCAGUCAGCGUCAUUAUUAAUGAUGUGAGAUGCAAUGUCAGUGACGUUACACAGUUUCCUGAAAGACUGGAAUGUAUAACACCCGUGGCACAAACAGCAGGAGCCUUCCUUGUUUCAUUAGAAAUGCACAAUAACGUCACAAAUACUUCCAUUCGGGACAAAUUUCAAACAAUAGUGUCCAAAGGUCGGGCCGACUACCAACCAGAGUUUGUUUACUUGAAUCCGGUGCUGUUUGAUCGCGGGGUUGUCCAUGGGAGCGUAAAAAUGUCUGGGAAUAUACAACUGACUAUUCGUGGGAAAAAUCUUGACAUUGGUAAUAAGCGACGCGUGCUUAUUGGUAGACAUGACUGUCUUAUUACUGAAUUUGACAGAAUCGAGGACAAUAAGAUAACAUGUCGUUCUCCGAAACUGAAUGAUACCAGAAAUUACACGAUAGUUUAUGAGGUUGACAAUACUCAAGUGUUUGGUCCGGUGGUAAUUUACACGCCUGAACCUGUAGUCCACGACAUACAACCUAGAUCAUCUAUAGUAAGCGGAGGACUGACAUUGACCAUAUCGGGGGAAAAUCUAGAAGGAUUUAGACAAAAUUGUCAGCUGAAUUUGGAAGACAACAACAGUACUGCAAUGAAUGUUAGUUUCUGUGAGAUUGCUUACGAAGCAACUGAUGCCGUUUUAUUGUGUAAAACAACAGCGUUUGACAGUUUGAAUAGCCUCCCAUUUUGGACAGUUCCAACUUUGUUUAAUGUUUAUGGAAAGCUGCGAACGAUCGACCGGCUCCCGGUUCUUAUUGUAGAAGACCCUGUCAUGGAUCGCGACGACAAAAUCAUCCCGAUCUCUGUAAAUACAAAUCAAACAGACAUUUACUUUAAGGGGUCAGUGUUGGCAAAUAUUAGUAAACAUGACGUCAGAAUAUCAACUGGCAUAACUGGGUGCGUUGUUAAUGAAGUACAGGAAGAUGGCAUACUGUGUGAAGUGUUUGAUCUUCUUGUGUCUGCCACAGAUGGGCUAAAGGAAAGAGUCAAGUGUGAAAUAGGAUAUCGGUCCUACGACUUGGGAACAGUUGCGUUCAAGACUAAGCAACAGCCACAUCCAGAAGCCAGUCGCCCUCCUAUUGAAGCUGAGAGCAACUAUGAUAGCGUAGUAGUCGUCGUCGCCGUCAUGUUCGGUGUGCUUGUCAUCGCCGUCGUCGGCAUUGGAAUGAAGAAAAUUAGAAAUAAAAGGCACCGAUCUCUAGAUGAGCCAUACAACGUGCAUUACCGUCGGAACAGCAAUGUUCUCACACUGGACGGCCUGUCAGAGAGCCAUACCUCUGACGUUAUACAGAAUAGACAAAAUGAUUACCAAGAGCACAGGAAUCUGAGAGGAGUAGCACAGGAUAAUACGUUUGUAAAAGAAUCUGAACCACUCCUUUCAGCCAUUGACGAAGAGACCCGAGCUAUGUUUGCACAGAAAAAUCUUAUUAUUUCAGAUGAAUGCCUUAUUCUGGGAGAAAUAAUAGGACAAGGGCACUUCGGCUGCGUGUAUAAAGGGUAUCUCACUCUUCCAAAUGAGAAGGCGGAGAACAUUGUUGCUUGUAAAACGCUCCAUCCUAAGUAUUUGUCUAAUCGCAUCAUUUUCUCUAAGGUUUAA